CAUAACCUUACUUACUUUAUAUUGUUGCAUACCUUGAUCAAAACAACAAUAAAACGACACUAUCUCAUUCAACAAGGUGACCUUACUUUAACUGAAUGCGUUCUGUUAUUUAAAAUUUAGACAUGGAAGUUAUGUAUCUGGGAUUGGCUAUACCAGCAGCAGUGGCCAUAUUCAUCGUUUCAAGAGCUCUUUAUUUGAUUAUACAAAUACUCUCUUCAAGUUGUCACUUAGAAAAACAUGCAUCUUUACGUACUAUUCUGUGCAUUGGAUCUGGUGGACAUACAACAGAAAUGCUUCGGCUCUCAAAAAAGCUAGAUUUACAUAAAUAUCGAGAUCGCUUGUACAUAAUUGCUGACAACGACACCAGUAGUGAAAUAAGAGUACAUAAAUCAAUUGAGAAAGGCACAAACUACACUAUUAGUAAAAUACCCAGAAGUAGGAAUGUGAGGCAGUCCUAUAUUACGUCUGUAUUCAGUACUCUGUAUGCUACAUUACAUACAGUUCCAGUUGUGUAUACAUUCAAACCAGAUGUUAUUUUUUGUAAUGGCCCCGGUACAUGUAUACCUAUUUGUAUAGUUGCUUUCAUAUUACGCUGUAUAUUUUUAUUAGACUGUAGGAUAGUGUUUGUGGAAAGCAUUUGUAGAGUAAGAACCUUGUCACUGUCAGGCAAGAUUUUACAAUAUUUUGCGGAUGUAAUGGUUGUUCAAUGGCCUUCGUUACGAGAUGUGUGUCCUAGAGCUAAAUAUUUUGGAAGGCUGACAUGAAUAAUUAUGCUGAAUCU